AUGGAGCCUCUCAAGCUCGCUCUGCUGCUCGUGCUGGCGCUCUUUGUGGUCGUCAACGAAGGCAGGGCCCUGCGCCAGGCAUCCGGCAAACCUGGCGCGACGGCUGCGGCGCAGGCGCAGGCAGCUGCUAAGGCGCUUGGCUCGGGUGACGCCAGCGCUGCGGCGUCUGCGAUAGCUGAAGCCGCUGCAUCAGGAAACGCCAAAGCCGCUGGACAGGCCCUGGCGCAGUCUGCGGCCGCUGGCAGCAACACAACGACCACUGCUCAGGCCAUCGCUGAGGCCGCGGCCAAGAACAAGAAUGGCACAGCACAAGCUGUGAGCCAGGCUCUGGCUCAGGCCCAGUCCACAGGCAAGACUGGUGCCCUUGCGCAGGCGCUGUCACAGGCUGUCAGCCAGGGGGGCGGAUCUGCGGCUCAAGCCGUUGCCGAGGCCUACGCUCAGUCUGUCGGCGCGGGCAACACGGCUGCCGCUGCAGAGGCCAUCGCCCAGGGUGCCGCCGCCGGCGGCGCUUCCGCCAACGCCCAGGCCCAGGCACUAUCCCAGGGGCUCGCUGCGGGCGGCGGCACGGCCCAGGCUGUGGCGCAGGCCGCUGCUGAGGCUUACAGUCGCCAGCCCCAGUCCGUCUCCAAUGCGCUGGCCAGCGCUCUGACUCAGGCCAACAGCAACCCCGCUGGUGCACAGGCCGCGGCCUCUGCCAUUGCUUCGGCUUCAGGAGGUCAUGCGCAAGCCAUUGGACAAGCCCUCGCGCAAGCCACCGCUCAGGGCGGCGCUAAGGCGAGCGCCUCUGCACAAGCGAUCGCCCAAGCUGUACAGAGAAACCCGAACGGCACAGCUGCAGCCGUGAGCCAGGCUCUGGCGCAAGCCCAGGCUUCUGGCAAGACUGGUGCCCUGGCGCAGGCGCUGUCACAGGCCGUCAGCCAGGGCGGUGCCUCUGCGGCUCAAGCCGUCGCGCAGGCCUACGCUCAG